AUGGCGAAUAAUAUCCCCGCUUCGCUGAGAACUGCUGAUAUCGGGCGGUUUGCCCUCAGGGCAGCGCAGAUUGAAAAGGCCAAGCCAGUCGUGGCCUACUGGUGCAACUUUCAUAUUGUGAACCAAAUAAUCGAGAGAGGCCUUCAUAAUUCAGAUGAUGAGGUCAAACUUUAUACAACCGAUCUGGUGGAAAAGUUGGAACAGUUCAAAAGCGAUAAUCAAGAGAAUGAAACUGUCACGGAUGAGGUUGCUGCCAGUGCAUAUGUCGAACAAUUUGGACUCGAGGUGUUCAACCGCGCAGAGGCGGCCAUGACCGCCAACAAAGUUACCAAGUGCGUUCUACGUUGGUGGCUAUUUAUCUUAGAACCAGACAUUGACAUGGUGCUUCUAGACAAACAGCGGAUACAUUCCAGGCGGCUGCGAUAUUCCUCGAGCUCUGCCAGGUAUGGGGAGAACUGGACUCGGAGAUUGCGGGGGAGAAUCAAGUUCGCCAAGUACCACGCGAUUCGAAUCGUGAAAGCGAUCAAAGCCGGCGAGGACCCCAAUGCCUCGAACCCCACCCCACAGCAAGAAGAAGAAAAUGAAGCCACCGUGGCCGACCCCGAUGUCCAAGCAUUCGACGAAGGUGUGGCGGAGCAGGCCUCCAAGCCAAGACAGGCCUCCGUCGAGGAAGUCCCCGAUGAAGCUGAUCGUCUCGGGCGCCAGAUGGCCCUUCAAUCAUCUCUGGACGAGUCACUACACCCAUCCCGAACUUCCUCGAUGCCACGCCCGCAAGAGUCUUCUCUUCCUGAUAUUCCUUCCGUCCCAAGUAAUGCGCCAGGUUCUCCCACAACGCAGAAGAUGGACAUCGAUGACCCGCAAUCGGGAGGUCUCGAGCUUCCAUCAACUCCCGCUACGAUAGGUGGCUCGAGCUCUUUCCCAAAGCUACCAGAUACACCGGGUUCUACGAACGCGCCUGUCUCUCAUGUUUCGCGGAAUUCAAAUGCCUUCCAGUCAUUCCCGCCACCGGCCGAUACCCCCUCCGUCCCUGCUCCAGACCCGGCUUCAUUCUAUGAUCCUACAAGCGCCAGUGCUUACAUCCCACCCCCGGCAGCGUCGCCAUCUGUUCCCCCAGCGCGGGCGCCUGCUCCUCCAGCACCAGCACCUGCACCUGCACCCGCUGCUCCGAGCCAACCCUCGCAUUCGAUAGAUGACAACUCUAUCACCCAGGCGCAGAAGCACGCUCGCUGGGCAGUAUCUGCGCUGACAUUCGACGAUGUCGACACGGCAGUGAAGGAACUGAAGAACUCGCUGAAAUACCUAGGUGCAUCAUGA